GUCCGAGAUUGUCGUCUGGUUGGUCUUCUUGAUCUUGCGCUGGAGAAAGAUUAUGUGCGUUCCACGAUUGCUGACUAUAUGAACCACCUCAUUGACAUUGGUGUAGCGGGGUUCAGAAUUGAUGCUUCUAAGCACAUGUGGCCUGGAGACAUCAAGGCUGUUUUGGAUAAACUGCAUAAUCUAAAUACACGGUGGUUCUCUGAAGGAAGUAAACCUUUCAUUUUCCAGGAGGUAAUUGAUCUGGGUGGUGAGCCGAUUAAAAGCCAGGAGUACUUUGGAAAUGGCCGUGUGACAGAAUUCAAGUAUGGUGCAAAACUAGGCACAGUCCUGCGCAAGUGGAAUGGAGAGAAGCUGGCUUACUUAAAGAACUGGGGAGAAGGAUGGGGUUUCAUGCCCUCUAAUAGAGCACUUGUCUUUGUGGAUAACCAUGACAACCAGCGAGGACACGGGGCUGGAGGAGCAUCUAUUCUUACAUUCUGGGACUCCAGGUAGGAAAUGAAGCCCCCCCCCCCUUU